AUGGAGAAGCGUAAACGAUUGGGAUGUUUACUGGAUCGAAAAACUACCUUCAAUAAACAGCAGUCACAUACGGCCUUGGCUCAUGAGUUAAGGUGUUUGAAAGAAGUAUAUGAAGAUACCCAUCCUGCCUAUAAGAAGGCCUGUGUAUUGCAGGAGGAAUUACAGGGACCAAAUCACCCCAUGUUAUAUCGGAAAUCUAAAAACUUCUUUAGCGAAGGAGUAUUUGUGUUUUGCCAGAAGGCUAUUCAUCCACAAACAGAAGGUUACAAUGUUGUCAUAAGGAAUCACUGGCACAGUUUGUCUUACCGCGGCACUUAA